UCCUCCCCGCUCCCUCUCUCCCUCCCUCUCCCGGUUUCUCUCCCUCACUCCGACUCUCCCUCUCCCACACUGUCUAUCCAGUAUUUUCUAGCUGGCCCUAUUAGGCGGACACACAGAAAACAGGAUGUCGAUCGUGAGCAUUGUUGCAAGGGAGAUCCUGGACUCCCGGGGGAACCCCACUGUGGAGGUGGACCUGCGUACAGAGAAAGGUCUUUUCAGGGCUGCAGUGCCUAGUGGAGCAUCCACAGGCAUCUAUGAAGCACUUGAGCUGAGAGAUGGAGACAAGAGCCGCUACAAGGGCAAAGGUGUCCUCAAGGCAGUGGGCCACAUCAACGACACCCUGGCUCCCGCCCUCAUAGCAUCGGGUAUCAGUGUUGUGGAGCAGGAGCAACUGGACAACACAAUGAUCGAAAUGGACGGCACAGAGAACAAGUCUCAGUUUGGCGCUAAUGCUAUCCUUGGAGUCUCACUGGCCAUUUGCAAGGCUGGCGCAGCUGAGAAAGAGGUCCCCCUAUACCGUCACAUUGCCGACCUGGCGGGAAACACAGAGCUGGUGCUGCCAGUUCCAGCAUUCAACGUGAUCAACGGUGGCUCGCACGCGGGCAACAAGCUAGCCAUGCAGGAGUUCAUGGUGCUACCCGUAGGGGCGGAGUCUUUCAGGGACGCCUUGCGGGUGGGCUCCGAGCUGUACCACACCUUGAGGGGGGUGAUCCAGGAGAAGUAUGGCCAGGACGCCACCAACGUGGGCGACGAGGGGGGGUUUGCCCCCAACAUCCUGGAGAACAGUGAGGCGCUGGAGCUGAUAAAGACUGCCAUAGAGAAAGCGGGGUUCACUGAUAAGGUGGUGAUUGGGAUGGACGUGGCGGCGUCCGAGUUCUACCGUGAGGGGAAGUACGACCUGGACUUCAAGUCUCCUCCUGACGCUGACAGACACAUCAGUGGAGAGGAGCUGUCAGACAUUUAUCAAAGUUUCGUCAACGACUACCCAGUGGUGUCCAUCGAGGACCCGUUUGACCAGGACGACUGGGCCGCGUGGACCCGGCUCACCGCUUCUGUGGGUAUCCAGGUCGUCGGGGACGACCUGACGGUGACCAAUCCCAAGAGGAUAGAGAAGGCCGCCGAGGAGCGGGCCUGCAACUGCCUACUUCUCAAAGUCAACCAGAUCGGCUCCGUCACCGAAGCCAUCCAGGCGUGUAAGCUAGCGCAGGCCAAUGGCUGGGGGGUGAUGGUUAGUCAUCGUUCGGGAGAGACCGAGGACACUUUCAUCGCUGACCUGGUAGUGGGGCUCUGCACUGGACAGAUUAAGACAGGAGCGCCAUGCAGAUCUGAGAGGCUAGCCAAGUACAACCAGCUUAUGCGGAUCGAGGAGGAGUUGGGGGAUCAAGCUCGCUUUGCAGGAUACAACUUCAGAAACCCCACCGCCCUGUGAGACCAGCCAGCAAGAGAGAGACACAGACAAUGACAAACAAUGUGCGAUGCAGAGAACUACAAGGUUAUAUUGAAGAUAGUUUCUCUGAUUCAAGACAAAUACCAUGCACUUAGACACAGCCAUAUGUAUAAGGCCAGAAGCACAACUAAGCCAGUUUCAAAGAAAUAAAAAGAUGCAUACAAAAGCUCCAACUGAUGGCUGACGUGGACCGACUAACUACAAGCUUACUGAGGAAAAAAGCGAUUCCAAACUCACAUUGUGUCGCACAGUCAUUGUUCUUACUCACCGAUGACACAAAAUGGCACUCUCCCUUCAUCCCGCUCUCCCUCCCUUACUCUGCGGUUGGACACUGUUCUCGUUGUUUAUUGGUUAUCUCCUCACUCCCUCUCCUGGUGUUGCUGUGAUUGCAGAACUAAGCCUGUUCCCUUCGCUGCUUUAAGCCCCUGUUUGACCUCUCUCUACUUCGUUUCGGGUUUUCUGUCAGUUGAAUUGCUGUGUUUAAAGACAGAACGCCUAUCAUGAAAAAAACAUUAAGUGUUAAAUAAAAAUAUGGUAAUUUAGUUUCA